AUGGCGGCCAUGCCGAGCAAACACUGUAUGGGGAGAGCCAAAAGCAGGGAGACCAGCCAGGAGGCUAUUGCUGUCAUUCAGGUGAUGGGCCAUGGCAGGUUCGAACCCAAAGUAGUAAUCAAGAUGGAUAGGAAAAACCUGUUGGAGACCCGACUGCACAUCACUGGCAGAGAACUGAGGUCGAAAAUUGCUGAAACCUUUGGAUUUCAAGAAAAUUAUAUCAAAAUUGUCAUAAACAAGAAACAGCUUCAACUAGGGAAAACCCUUGAAGAACAAGGAGUGAUGCACAAUGUGAAAGCUAUGGUGCUUGAACUAAAACAGUCUGAAGAGGAUGUGAGGAAACACUUCCAGGUUGAAGAAGAAGAGCAAAAUGAGGCCGAACUAAAAGAAAAAAGAAUUCAGAGGACCAAGAGAGGCCUGGAGAUACUGGCGGAGAGAGCUGAGAUGGUGGUGGAUCCAGAAACCACACCAUAUUUAGACAUAGCUAACCAGACAGGCAGAUCGAUCAGAAUUCCUCCUUCAGAAAGAAAGGCCCUUAUGUUAGCUAUGGGAUAUCAUGAGAAGGGCAGAGCUUUCCUGAAAAGAAAAGAAUAUGGAAUAGCCUUGCCGUGUCUGUUGGAUGCUGACAAAUAUUUCUGUGCGUGCUGCAGGGAGCUGCUGGACACGGUAGAUAACUACGCGGUGCUCCAGCUGGAUAUUGUGUGGUGCUACUUCCGCUUGGAACAACUGGAGUGCCUCGACGAUGCAGAAAAAAAAUUAAACUUGGCUCAGAAAUGCUUUAAGAAUUGUUACGGAGAAAACCAUCAGAGACUGGUCCACAUAAAAGGGAACUGUGGGAAAGAGAAGGUAUUGUUUUUAAGACUUUACUUGCUUCAAGGUAUCCGAAAUUAUCACAGUGGAAAUGGCGAAGAGGCUCGUGACUGUCUCAACAAGGCACUUCAACUCUUUAAAGAGCUAUAUAUUGAUCCAUCAAAAGUUCACAAUCUGUUGCAGUUGGGGUUUACUGCCCAGGAGGCCCGGCUUGGCCUGAGGGCAUGUGACGGGAACGUGGACCACGCGGCGGCCCACAUUACCAACCGCAGAGAGGAAUUGGCCCAAAUAAGGAAAGAGGAAAAAGAGAAGAAAAGACGCCGGCUGGAGAACAUCAACUCUUUGAAAGGAAUGGGCUACUCUGCUCACGCGGCCAAGCAGGCCCUGCAUCAGGCCAGUGGGAACCUGGAUGAAGCCCUGAAGAUUCUUCUUAGUAAUCCUCAGAUGUGGUGGUUAAAUGAUUCGGAUCCUGAAACCAACAACCAUCAAGAAGGUCCUUCCCAGGAAAACAUUGACCAGCUGGUGUACAUGGGCUUCGAUGCGGUGGCAGCCAGCGCUGCCCUGAGAGUGUUCAGGGGAAAUGUGCAGCUGGCCGCUCAGACCCUGGCCCACAACGGGGGGAGUCUUCCUCCUGACCUGCAGCUCGCGGCGGAAGACGCUUCCUCAACGCCAUCCACAUCUCCUUCCGAUUCCGCAGGUACCUCUAGUGCCUCAACAGAUGAAGAUACGGAGACAGAAGCCGUCAAUGAAAUAUUGGAAGAUAUUCCAGAACACGAAGAAGAUUAUCUUGACUCCACUCUGGAAGAUGAAGAAAUUAUUAUUGCAGAGUACUUAUCCUAUGUAGAAAACAUAAAGUCAGCAACAAAGAAAAACUGAAUAAUGAGCAGAAAUAAGUACUGAGUUUCUGCUUAUAAAUUCUAUCAUUAUGAAAAGUCGAA